CUUACCAAAAAAACCAAAGUAUAGAAGUGAAUUAGUUAAACUAAAUUUAUCUGGUGGCAAUUUUUCUAAUAGAUUUUUUGAAGAUGAUACAGUAGCUGAUCUGAAUGAAACAAAAUUAGAGAAAUUGGAUCUAGAUGAUAGGGUUUUAACAGAUAAUAGCCAAGAAUCAAGUGAUUCUGAUUAUAAUAAUGAUUUUAAAGGUACUUGA